UUCUCAACCUUGAAAAGCCGACGAAAAAAACGGUUCCUCUUGUGAAUGAUUAUAAUAGAAAGCUCAAUGCCCCACCAAGAAAAAACCAAAGGGUGAAAAGAAAAGAGAGAGCACAACAAUUUUCUCCAUCAAUCUUCCUCUCUUGUUUCUCUAUCUUUUCUUUUUUUCCUUUGAAUACAAAUCAAAGGAAAAACAGAAAAAACAUCCCUACUCAUUUUCCCCUGUUUUUUCCUUCUUCCAAUUCUUUAUAAUAUAAUAAAAUAUGGGUUGUGGGGAAUCAAAGCACGCAGUUGCAACGGAGAAUGCCACCAUUCCGAAGAAGAAGAGAUCAUUGAGUUCUAAAUCCGACUCCACAAAGGGUGAAAAUGUCUCGGAAAUUGAAAAAGGGGUUGCAGAAAUUAAAAGUGAUGAGAAAGUGGAGGUAAUGGCAACGAAGGUGGAGAAGGAGGAGUUAAUUGCAACUAAAGUGGUGGCUGUGGAAAAAGAAGAAGAUAAAGAAAAUAAAGAAAUGGUGGAAUUGGAAAAUGAAGUUGUUGUUGAAAAGAAGGAAGAGAAAGUUGUAGAGCCGAAGAAUGCAAUUGAUGAAACAACCCCUGUUGCUGUUGCGGAGAAGAAGAAUGAAAAUGAUGAAACAACCCCUGUUGCUGUUGAAGAGAAGAAAGAAUCUAUUGAAGAGAUUAAAGCAGAAGAGAAAACUGAGGAAACCAUCAGGCCAAUUGAAAAAGAGAAAGAGAAGGAAGAAGUUAGCCCUGCUUCUGAGGCCACAGAUGCUGCUAAACCAGAACCUGCCAAAGAUGUUGAUAAACCAGAAACAGAGGAAAAGCCAAAAGAGGAGAAUGCAACAGCAACUACAGAUUCGAAAACAGAUUAAAGUGCAAGUAUGGGCAUAUGGAAGAAGGAUGUUUAUUAGUUUAAUCCUUGCUUUUUAAAGCUUGUUGAAAUUUCCAGCUUAAGUAACAUAUUUGACGUUCCACCUGUUCUCAUAUACUACUCUCUUCUGCUUAUAUAUUUAUAUAUCCCAUUUUCAUCUUAA